AUGUCUUCCAGAAUCACCCGUGCUUCCACAAGACGAGCAGCAAGCUCAUCAGAAGCUUCUGGUUCUUCUGGUUCUUCUUUAGGAUCUGCUGCAACCCCAGCAUCGGCUCGGUCACAGACAUCGUCACGAAAACGCAAAGUUCCACCGCGAGAACCCAGCCCAGCACCUGAACUCGAGGCAGCGAAGGUCGUCUCGCCCAGACGAACGAAGCGUCAGAAGUUAUCAGAAAGCGAUCCGCCACUGCCCCCACCGGCUGUAUCUGCUGCAGCCCCGUCUCGUCGUAAAGGUACAAAAGGGAAGACUCCUGCGGUGAUGUCGAGCCCGGGUGAUUCUGCUGGUCCUUCCAACGAUCCACCCGUUACAAGCUCCUCCAAAAGAAAAUCUGCCAGAAAUAAGAAGAAUGCAGCAGAUUCCCCAAACAACACACCAACUACAAGCCGACGAUCAAAGAAGACCGUAGGUAAUAACAAGGAUCUGGACAACAACUCCAGCAAUCUCGCAGACGAAAAGCGCCCACCCCCUCCACCUGCUGACGAUGACGACGACGGAAGCGACGAUAUAGAUGAGGAAGAGAUGGCUCGCAACUAUGAAGGACGUGAUGACGAUGACGACGACGACGACGACGAUCCAUUUGGGGGGUUUGGAGCUGGGGGUCCACCACAUGGACUUUCUAGUACUCUAAGAGCUUUGAGUGGAAUGAUGUCGGGUGUCUCUACAAGGCUUAGAGAUAUUUUGAGCAACUUGAAGCAAAAAGAUGAUCCUUCGGUACAGCUAAUCGCUCUUCAAGAACUAUCAGAAAUCCUCCUAGUGUCGACUGAAGACAAUCUUUCAGGGCACUUUUCACCCGAUGCAUUUGUUAAGGAACUCGUGGUUCUCAUGCAGCCUUCGGACUUUGGGGAGGAAAAUCCAGAGAUGAUGCUUCUAGCUUGCAGAUGUUUAGCGAAUCUUAUGGAAGCUCUUCCCGCGAGCACUGCAAAUGUAGUUUAUGGAGGAGCAGUGCCCAUUCUUUGCCAAAAGCUUUUGGAAAUCCAUUUUAUCGACUUGGCAGAGCAAGCCCUUAGUACUCUCGAAAAGAUUUCGGUUGAAUAUCCAGCAUCGAUUGUACGUGAAGGAGGCCUCACUGCUUGCUUGACGUAUCUUGACUUUUUCGCCACGAGCACUCAGCGGACUGCGGUAACGACUGCUGCAAAUUGCUGCCGAAAUAUUCCAGAAGACUCCUUUUCUGUCAUUAGAGAUGUCAUGCCUAUUUUACUCAACGUUCUGAGCUCCAGUGACCAAAAGGUCGUCGAGCAAGGUUCUUUAUGCGUCUCGCGAGUAGUCGAAAGCUUCAGGUAUCACCCAAACAAGCUAGAAGAGCUGGUUAGCACGGAUUUGCUGAAGGCCAUAUUGCGGCUCUUGCUUCCGGGCACCACAAAUCUUAUCGGUCCUAAUAUUCAUACGCAGUUCUUACGAGUACUCGCAUUUACCGCAAAGGCGAGCGCAACAUUGUCGGCUGAGCUUUUCAAAAUGAAUGUAGUUGAGACUCUGUAUCAAAUAUUAACAGGUGUCUCCCCACCGGAUACCUCGGAGGAUAUGGCUUCGAAAAUCGAUAGCGUAGUUAUCAUGCAGGCUCUCAUACACCGACCACGAGAGCAAGUCAUUGAAACGCUGAACGUGAUUUGCGAAUUGCUUCCGGGACUUCCUAGAGAACUAGAGGGUUCUUUUGGAGAAAUUUUCGACCCCGACUCUAAUCCUGCCCUUCCCAAUGGCACAUCCAGUAGCUCCCGAAAGAAGUCUACAAACGAGAAGCGCAUUGAGCUUCUCGAAGGAUGCAAACAAGAGGUGAAACGCUUCGCGAUCAUUCUCUUCCCCACUCUAACCGAUGCUUUUUCAAGUACUGUUAACCUCAGCGUUCGGCAGAAAGUGUUGACGGCCCAGUUGAAGAUGCUGACAAAUCUGGAUAAAGACAUUUUGGUAGACGCUUUGCGUUCAGUACCGUACGCUUCAUUUCUUGCUGCUAUUCUCUCGCAGCAAGACCAUCCGAGUUUGGUGAACUAUGCUCUUCAGGCUGCAGAAUUACUUUUGACCCGCUUGGAUGACAUUUAUCGCUACCAAUUUUACCGCGAAGGGGUGAUCGCAGAGAUUGCAAAGCUCGUUACGACAGAAUCAAACGAAAAGAGCGUCGAGCCUGCGACACCCACUUUGGAAAUCGUAGAGACAAAUACUGCCGAGAAGAAGGUCUCCGAAAAACCAGCUGUCGCUGGUAACGGCGAUGAUGAAGAUGAUGAAGAUGACUCUUCUGAUGACGAUAACGACGACAACGAGAAUGAGAAUGAGAACGAUGACAUCCAAGAGGAUGCCAGUCAAUCGCCAGUCAGCUCUCGAGGCUCGACCAUGUCCCUGGACGGUCCUUCUCGCCAAGUCACGUCUGACGCCACCACUAUGCAACAACUCAUUGCAGAGCGAGCAAAGCGCUUUAUCGAAGUGCACGAGACCGAUAAAAACAGCAAGAGUAUGAAAAAGAAAGCCACCAAAAUAUUAACAAGCCUGCAAGGUCUCGCUUCAGAAAUUGAAGCUCAUUAUCUUCACCAAGGUCCAGGAAACGGCCAAGACCUCUUCACCACGCUUGCAUCGUACUUCGAUGGGGAUGUCUUGGAAAGCGUUACCAGUGCUGAGUUACUAAAUUCCGAGGUUGUUCGAGUCCUUCUAGAUAUCUUCAAUAAUCCCGAUGAGCGACUAAGCAACGAUGCUAGAUCGGCAUUCCUCGAGGUGUUUAUGGGCCGAAAUAUCUCAAAGAAGUCGAAGUCUGCAAACACGGAAUCAGUCGCCACACCUUUCAGUAGUCUUAUCCACAAGUUGCAAGAUCUUUUGAGUCGCUCAGAGCAUUUUGAGGUCGUUACCGUUCAUCAAAACACUUUUGAUGGUAAUAGAAGCAGUGCUGCGUCGAUGCUUGCUAAGCAAAUCAGACUUAAAUUGGUGGCGGAUGACGAAUCCGAAAUACCACGUCCAUACCGCAACAUUAUGGUCUCUAUUCACGCCAUCGCGACUUUCAAGGCGCUUGAUGAUUACCUUCGCCCUCGGAUCAGCAUGUCUGAACGGCCGCGGGGUUCCAGGAGAGAAGGCCUUUCAGGUGCACUCGCUGCAUUAGCAGCCGCAGGUAAUUUAUCCCAUCUAAAUUCAAACUUUCCUAAUACCCAUUCGCGUCUUUUAGAACGUGGGCUGGCCUCUGCGAAUGCAGCCACACCGGCCGCCCCUACACCUUCUGCGUCCCGAGCCGCUCGUAAAGCAAAAUCGAAGACCGCACCUGCUGCUACCCCUGCUUCAGAUGAACAGUCUGCUAUUAACACUCCUCAAGAAAAGCCUGUCUCACGUCGAUCAAGUAGAAGAAAUCAGGCACAAACAGAGCCGCCUGCGCCACCCCCUCCACCACAAGAGGAGGAUAGUCUUGCACGUGCCCUCGAGUGUGCUGAUGAGAGACAAUUGACUGAUGAUGAAGACAUGGAAGAAUCGGCUGCUUUAGACGCCAUUGUCGAUGAGAUGGAGGAUGAAAUGGAGGAUGCUACACCACCUGACCCAACUGCCGUCAGUCUCGAAGUCGCAGCUGGCGGGAAAGUGACAGCACGUAAAGAGGACGGCACGCGAGUUGCUACCCCAUCCCAAAUGCCUGGAAGUAACCCACGCACUGCUUCAGCAUUCGCUGCAGCAGCGGCGGCAGCUGCUUUGUCUACACCAAGCGCGUCCAGACCAAUGUCCUACGCUGCGGCUAUUCAAUCUGUCCCUCAAGACUGGCACAUCGAGUUCAGCCUCGAUGACAAGGUUCUUUCCAACGAGACAACUAUCUACCGUGCUGUCCAUAACCCGGCAGGACCUGUUGAUGAACAUACGAGCCGAAGCGUCUGGUCUGCUGUUCACCCAAUUAAAUUUAAACGUGUUGCAGGCCCGCCACCGCCAGAACCAAGCUCCGUUACACAAGCAGCUGAGGCAUCUGAACUGACAGCUUCUGGCAUUCCUGCUUCUCUGGACAAGCACCCCGCAACUUCGUCCAUUUUACGACUACUUAACAUUUUACACGCUCUCAAUGCUAAUCUUGAUGAUGUGCUCGCCGAAAACAAAGAUACCCUGAAACUUAAUGCGGAGCCGCUUUCUCAAUUCGUUAAUACAAAGCUGACAGCAAAGCUAAAUCGCCAACUUGAGGAGCCCUUGGUGGUUGCAAGUAAUUGCCUCCCAAGUUGGAGCGAGGAUCUUGCUCGUCUAUAUCCAUUUCUAUUUCCUUUCGAAACAAGACAUCUCUUCUUGCAGUCGACGUCCUUUGGCUAUGCUCGCUCCAUGACGCGAUGGCAAAAUGCGCAAUCAGCGGAUGAGUCGCGAAGAGAUCGCCACCGAGACGAGCGGCCAUUCCUAGGUCGUCUCCAGCGGCAAAAGGUCCGCAUUUCACGAUCUAAAAUCCUUGAAUCUGCCUUGAAAGUUAUGGAGCUUUACGGCGCAUCUCAAAGCAUUCUAGAAGUGGAAUAUUUCGAAGAGGUGGGUACCGGACUAGGACCUACUCUUGAAUUCUACUCUACCGUUUCGAAAGAGUUUUCGAAGAAGAAACUCAAGCUAUGGCGUGAAACGGACACAAACGAAAAUGAUGAGUACGCGUUUGGUCUCAGUGGACUUUUCCCAGCGCCUAUGAGCGAAGACCAAGCAUUGAAUGAGAACGGAAAGCGCAUUCUGCAUUUGUUCAAGAUGCUUGGAAAAUUCACAGCAAGGUCGAUGAUUGAUUCUAGAAUCAUUGAUGUAUCCUUUAACCCAACCUUUUUCCGCAUUGGCGACGGUUCCAAUCCUGUCAAUCCGUCAUUAGGAGCUGUCAAGACGGUUGACGCACAGUUAGCGAAGUCCUUGAAGCUUAUUAAGAAGUUUGCAGUUGCGAAAAAAGCGAUUGACGAGAAUCCAAAAUUAAGCCCCGCCCAAAAGGUGGAUGAGGCCGAACGAUUACAGAUUGACAAAGUCUCUAUUGAUGAUCUUGGACUCGAUUUUACGCUUCCAGGCUAUUCCACAAUCGAGCUUCUGCCAAAUGGCGCCAAUAUCGCUGUCACAAUUGAGAACGUGGAGCUUUACUUGGACAAGGUAAUAGAUAUGACAUUAGGCAGUGGUGUCCAACGACAGGUAGAUGCGUUCCGAGCCGGCUUCACUCAGGUAUUCCCGUUUUCUGCAUUGAGCGCCUUCACGCCUGACGAGCUGGUCAUGUUGUUUGGCCGUAUUGAGGAGGAUUGGUCACUUGAGACUCUAAUGGACUCUAUCAAAGCUGACCAUGGAUUCAACAUGGAUAGCAAGAGCGUCAAGAACCUGCUCCAGACCAUGAGUGAACUCUCUCUACCCGAGCGACGAGAUUUCCUGCAGUUCACGACCGGCAGCCCUAAGCUUCCAAUUGGAGGCUUCAAAUCUCUUACGCCUAUGUUUACUGUGGUUUGUAAACCCAGUGAACCCCCAUAUACAUCGGACGACUAUCUGCCUAGCGUCAUGACAUGUGUCAACUACCUCAAAUUGCCGGACUACACGGAUCUGGACGUAAUGAGAAGACGUAUGAAUACUGCUAUUAAGGAAGGCCAGGGUGCUUUCCAUUUGUCCUAA